GCCGCCACCAUGACUGCCAACGGCACGACCGAGGCGGUGCAGAUCCAGUUCGGCCUUAUCAACUGCGGCAAUAAGUACCUGACGGCCGAGGCGUUCGGGUUCAAGGUGAACGCAUCCGCCAGCAGCCUGAAGAAGAAGCAGAUCUGGACGCUGGAGCAGCCGCCGGACGAAGCGGGCAGCGCGGCCGUGUGCCUGCGUAGCCACCUGGGCCGCUACCUGGCGGCGGAUAAGGAUGGCAACGUGACCUGUGAGCGCGAGGUGCCGGGCGCCGACUGCCGCUUUCUGAUCGUGGCGCACGACGACGGCCGCUGGUCGCUGCAGUCCGAGGCGCACCGACGCUACUUUGGCGGCACCGAGGACCGCCUGUCGUGCUUCGCGCAGACCGUGUCGCCGGCCGAGAAGUGGAGCGUGCACAUCGCCAUGCACCCGCAGGUCAACAUUUACAGCCUGACCCGCAAGCGCUACGCACACCUGAGCGCGAGGCCCGCGGACGAGAUCGCCGUGGACCGCGACGUGCCCUGGGGCGUCGACUCGCUCAUCACGCUGGCCUUCCAGGACCAGCGCUACAGCGUGCAGACCGCCGACCACCGCUUCCUGCGCCACGACGGGCGCCUGGUGGCGCGCCCCGAGCCCGCCACCGGCUACACGCUCGAAUUCCGCUCCGGCAAGGUGGCCUUCCGCGACUGCGAAGGCCGCUACCUGGCGCCGUCGGGGCCCAGCGGCACGCUCAAGGCGGGCAAGGCCACCAAAGUGGGCAAGGACGAGCUCUUCGCGCUGGAGCAGAGCUGCGCCCAGGUCGUGCUGCAGGCCGCCAACGAGAGGAACGUGUCCACGCGCCAGGGUAUGGACCUGUCGGCCAAUCAGGACGAAGAGACUGACCAGGAGACUUUCCAGCUGGAGAUCGACCGCGACACCAAAAAGUGCGCCUUCCGCACCCACACGGGCAAGUACUGGACGCUGACGACCACCGGGGGCGUGCAGUCCACCGCCUCCACCAAGAAUGCCAGCUGCUACUUUGACAUCGAGUGGCGUGACCGGCGGAUCACACUGCGGGCGUCCAACGGCAAGUUUGUGACGGCCAAGAAGAAUGGGCAGCUGGCUGCCUCGGUGGAGACAGCAGGGGACACGGAGCUCUUCCUCAUGAAGCUGAUCAACCGCCCCAUCAUUGUGUUCCGUGGGGAGCACGGCUUCAUUGGUUGCCGCAAGGUCACGGGCACCCUGGACGCCAACCGCUCCAACUAUGACGUCUUCCAGCUCGAGUUCAACGACGGCGCCUACAACAUCAAAGACUCUACAGGCAAGUACUGGACGGUGGGCAGUGACUCCUUGGUCACCAGCAGCAGUGACACCCCCGUUGACUUCUUCUUCGAGUUCUGCGACUACAACAAGGUUGCCAUCAAGGUGGGCGGGCGCUACCUGAAGGGAGACCACGCGGGGGUCCUGAAGGCCUGCGCCGAGACCAUCGACCCUGCCACGCUGUGGGAGUACUAG